UGUUCUUAAUUAAAAUAAUUAAAAACAUAAAUUUCAUUAUAUCUAAAUUUGUCUUUUAAAAAACGUGACAGUUCAUAGAGGGGUUUAUUUGUUUAAAUACAGAACUGGAUUAUUUCUGCUCUUAUUUUCUUUAGAAUUCGAUAUCUGAGUUUCUUCCGAAAUAUCCGAAUUCGCGAUGUCGAAUAAUAGUGCUACAGUACCAACAGCAACUACUGAUUCCUCAAGAUUUGUCACGGAAAAAGUUUCUGAAGAAGGUGGCGUGAUUUCGGGCUCAACAGGGGGAAGUCCUGCAUCGAAACACAGUAGUACUGGUGGUGGCGGUGGGGGUGGUACACCUCAAACAACAAAUAAAGGGGGCGUACCAGAUGGUAACUGCCCCCCGAGUGCUGUUCCUCAAAAAGGAGAUGGCACUGAUGACCAGCCUUUCGUCACGGACCGGGAGAAGAUGUCAGGGUAUGAGACGAACCUGUACCUGUACUCGGAGGAAAUGGAGGAUCGGCCACGAAUCUCGACCCUCAUAAACUCUCUGGCCAACUACAGUAACACAAUCCCCGCUGCGACUGAUCCUGAUGCCAAACCUCAGCCCAGUGCUCGCAUGGGCACCCUUAUUGGAGUCUACCUGCCCUGCAUCCAGAAUAUAUUCGGUGUAAUUCUCUUUAUCCGUCUCACAUGGGUCGUGGGUACUGCAGGCGCAUUUAUGGGCUUCCUCAUCGUGCUGUGCUGUUGCUGUGUGACAAUGUUAACAGCCAUUUCAAUGAGUGCCAUAGCAACGAAUGGAGUAGUCCCAGCUGGAGGUUCCUACUUUAUGAUCUCAAGGUCACUGGGGCCAGAAUUUGGUGGUGCUGUAGGAAUGCUGUUCUAUACCGGCACCACACUAGCUGCAGCUAUGUAUAUAGUGGGAGCUGUUGAGAUAGUUCUUACAUAUAUGGCACCAAGUUUAUCAAUUUUUGGGGACUUCACUAAAGACGCCAGUAUUAUGUACAAUAAUUUCCGAGUCUAUGGUACAUGUCUUUUAAUGAUUAUGGGCCUCAUCGUGUUCGUUGGUGUCAAAUUUGUGAACAAGUUUGCUACAGUUGCCUUGGCCUGCGUACUAUUGUCUAUUCUGGCUGUAUAUGUGGGCAUCUUCGUCAACAUCAAUGGCAAUGACAACCUCUUCAUGUGUGUUCUGGGCAAACGACUCCUGAAAGAUAUAAGUAUAAACGACUGCCACAAGAGAUCUUCUGGUCCUUUAUAUCAGAUUUUUUGUGGAAACUCAUCAUCUGAGGGUGCAGGUUCUUGUGAUCCAUAUUUUGAGGCAAAUAAUAUUUCCAAGGUUCGUGGUAUCAAGGGCUUGUCCAGUGGAGUAUUCCUUGAUAACAUCCAAGAGAGCUUUCUAGAAAUAGGUCAGUUCAUUGCACAGUCCAAAGAUCCGGACGAAAUUGAGCCACUGGAUCGACCAGUGUACAAUCAAGUUUUUGCUGACAUCACAACAUCUUUCACAAUUCUCAUUGGCAUCUUCUUUCCAUCAGUCACAGGUAUCAUGGCUGGUUCCAAUAGAUCUGGUGAUUUGGCUGAUGCACAAAAGUCAAUUCCAGUAGGGACCAUCUGUGCCAUUCUGACCACUUCCACGGUGUAUCUGUCAGCUGUGUUACUGUUUGCGGGCACUGUGGACAACCUUCUGCUCAGAGACAAGUUUGGUCAGAGCAUUGGUGGGAAACUUGUGGUUGCAAACAUAGCAUGGCCUAACCAAUGGGUCAUUUUGAUAGGCUCAUUCUUGUCUACGCUUGGUGCAGGCUUGCAGAGUUUGACUGGAGCUCCUCGAUUACUUCAGGCUAUUGCCAAAGAUGGCAUCAUUCCAUUUCUGUCACCAUUUUCAGUGUCAUCACAACGAGGAGAACCCACGCGAGCUCUUGUUCUCACAGUUCUGAUUUGCCAGUGCGGCAUACUAUUGGGCAAUGUGGACUACCUCGCUCCCCUCUUGUCAAUGUUCUUCUUGAUGUGUUAUGGCUUUGUGAACCUUGCCUGUGCUCUCCAGACACUACUUCGAACGCCUAACUGGAGACCCAGGUUCAAGUACUAUCACUGGUCGCUGUCAUUCCUUGGUUUGUCGCUGUGUAUUGCUGUUAUGUUCAUGACAAGUUGGUACUACGCACUGUUAGCCAUGGGCAUGGCAGGUUGCAUCUAUAAAUAUAUUGAAUACAGAGGAGCGGAGAAAGAGUGGGGGGAUGGUAUCAGAGGUCUGGCCCUGUCAGCAGCGCGCUACAGCCUCUUACGUUUGGAAGAGGGGCCCCCACACACCAAGAACUGGCGUCCACAAAUCCUCAUACUUUCAAAGCUCACAUCAGACCUGGUGCCAAAGUACCGCAAAUUAUUUGCAUUUGCUGCUCAGCUGAAGGCUGGCAAGGGCCUUACUAUCUGUGUAUCUGUGAUCAGAGGAGACUACACUCGGGGUGUUGGAGAAGCAAUGGCUGCAAAACAGAGCCUGCGACGUACCAUGGAUGAGGAGAGAGUCAAGGGAUUUGUAGAUGUCCUGGUGGCGCGUAAUGUUAUUGAUGGACUGAGUCAUUUAAUCCAGACAACAGGUCUGGGAGGCAUGAAGCCCAACACUGUAAUCCUCGGCUGGCCAUACAGAUGGCGACAGUCAGAAGAUGAGAAGACGUGGCAGGUCUUCCUGCAGACUGUGCGCAGCGUGGCUGCCGCUCGCAUGGCAUUGCUCGUUCCCAAGGGUAUAAACUUCUUCCCAGACAGUAGUGAGAAGGUGAUUGGAAACAUUGACGUUUGGUGGAUUGUGCAUGAUGGUGGUUUGCUCAUGUUACUGCCAUUCCUGCUGAAGCAACACCGGACUUGGAAAAACUGCCGAAUGCGCAUCUUCACAGUUGCACAGAUGGAGGACAACUCUAUCCAAAUGAAGAAGGACCUUAAGAUGUUUCUCUAUCAUCUCAGGAUAGAAGCAGAAGUGGAAGUUGUGGAAAUGAUGGAUAGUGAUAUUUCGGCCUAUACUUAUGAACGCACACUAAUGAUGGAACAGCGUAACCAAAUGUUACGAGAGCUACGGCUGAACAAGAAGGAAAGCCUUGGAGUUGUGCAAACUCUAGUAGAUUUCAACGAUGUUCCAUCGGAGGAGAAACUCCCUCUGGUUCAAGCAAUUGUGGAUCACCAUCACAAUGCCGAUGUCAAGACAGCAACAAAAGUACGCUUCCAGGAACCAGGAAAGGAAGGAGGUGCAGAAGAAGCAGAGGAAUCAAAUGAAGAGGAAACAAAAGAGCAAUCAGAAGAGAAUCCCAUAAUUUCAAAAGAUGGCGAUGAGGAAGAAAACUCAGUUUAUUCAGAAUCUCAACCUCAAGAUGACAACAUACCAUUGACUGAUGCUAAUUUCAAGGACACUCCAAAUAAAGCAAACUCUGAUAAGUCAAAGAAGAUGCCUACAAUAACACCAGAUGAAGGCAACGUCCGACGGAUGCAUACAGCUGUGAAAUUAAAUGAAGUCAUAGUUAACAAAUCCCAUGAUGCUCAGCUUGUGAUUCUCAACCUCCCUGGUCCUCCAAGAGAUUCCAAAAUCGAGCGCGAGUCCAACUACAUGGAAUUCUUAGAGGUAUUAACAGAAGGUUUGGAACGAGUGUUGAUGGUACGCGGAGGAGGCCGAGAAGUGAUAACUAUCUAUUCGUGAAGACUCUUCAUUAGUUCAUCUCCCCACCCUCAUCUCUGUGUAUUACAUCUACAUAUUGUGCGGCAUCAAAUUUACUCACUCCCAUGGCAUAUAUCUUUGCAUUACAUGGAUUCUGCAAGCUUGCAACAUUUUACAUUGUACAUACUAUUGAAAUUCCUGCAAGAUGUCAUCUGUUUUCAGCAUUUUGGUUGAUAUUUCUUAAUGUAUUUGACUGGCCACUUCAAUAUUUAAUGCUUUUAAUGGUACAUUCUAUUAUUUAUUAUAAUAAAAUGUCACAAUAUUUUAAGUUAUUUUAGACCACUUUGAAUAAAGUACAAAAUUAUUUUGUAUGAAUUAUUAAAAGUAUUUGCCUUGUCUCAGUAUGAUUAUAAUCUUUACAUUAUUAUCUGUUUUACAAAUCUUUUAGAAUGAUGUGGUCAAAUUUAUGAAGAAUAAAUAAAAAUAUACAUAUGCAACUUCCGGUGGGGGGAAAUUUUAACACCAAUAAUGCCGAAAAUAGAUAAAGUGGUACAAUGCUUUUCAUGCCACAGGUGUUUAAUAAUGAUGGCAGAAAUGGGACAUUUUUAAAAUAGGGACUGAACAAAGAAAAGGAUAUUAUGAAAAGGCAACGAAUGAAUGUUUUGUUAUUGGAAGUAAAUGUGAUGGUAUGCCGCACAUUAUGAUCAUUAAACAACCUCUCUACAAACCUUACAAGUUCAUGAACAUCUCGUCAUCUCCUUGCAUCUCUUUUGUCUCAUAGAAAGGAAAAUAAAAACAGCUCACUUUUUUCUACACUGUGUACAUUCAUCAUAAAGUUCAUUCGUGUUUACAAAUAGUAGUAGUUGUCAUGUGUCCCUUGUAAUAGAUGUAGAGACAAUAUUUCUAUUUCUCAGCAGCUUUGUUACAUAAAAGAACAGUCUUUGAACAUAAUCUUUUACAAGUAAUAAACUUGUUUCAAUCUACAGUGGAACUAUUCUGUUGGCUGAAUUCCUAAUGAAAUUAAUAAACAACUAAUUGAUAGAGCUGGACAGAAGUAUAAACAUGUUAAAAUAUAUAAAAGAAAUGCACAUUUAAAUAUUUACUAACAUGUAAAUGCCCAUUCACAGUGGUAGCAUGGAUAUAAGACAUAAAAUAGCAUUAAUAUAGCCAUGCAGCAAUAACAUUGUUUCUUUGUGUGUAACGGUUAUAGAAGCAAGCAUAGAAGGUCAUGAAACAGCUGUAUUCAUUGGAUGAUAGAGAAGAAAUUCAGGUAUUUCUUUUUUAUUAUUAUUUCCUGUUGAUAAUGUGCUGCAUUAUUCAAGAUUCAUUUCCAUUUAGCUGUAUGACACAACAUUGUCCAAGUGAUAGCUGACUGUGUUAGUGUUUGUGGUGUUAUGAAUAUAAGUAUACAUUUCAGAAGAACAUAUUUAUUUAUGUUGGCAAAUCAUGACAAGUUUGAGAAAAGAUGGUAAGGAAAACUAUGUCUUAUAUCUGUAUUGUAGUUGUGAAUGAGAUGUAAUGGAAGUGUCAGCAAAUGAAUAGCUCUGUUCAUUAUCUGGAGAGUUUGUUUAAGAAAGAGUGAACCUACGGUAUAAUAUAUAACAUAACCUCAAAUUAUUGAAUUCUUAUGUCCCAUUUAUGUGUAGUAGUGACAGAAUAAAACCAUCAAGUUAUUGUGAUUGACCAGAGCCAUUGCCUCAUGUAAACUAUGAAGUUUGCUGUUCGAUAUACCUUAAUUAUUAUAGCACAGCAUCUUUGAACUUUAAACCUGAUUUCAUUUCAUUAGGUGUAACACUAAAUCAGAACAAGAGACAUAAUAUUAAAAGACUGUAUGAAUGAGGGAUUACAAAUUUUAAAUAUAUUCACACCAUCAUCAUUUCGCAGGUUUACAAAGUUAAGUAUAAAAAUGCUGUUAUACAUUACAGUGUUGAGUGCCAGAAAUGUGAUAUCACGGCCUAUUCAACAUCAGUUGUCAGUGUAAUAUUGAACAUUUUCACUAAGUAUUUGUAGCAUGGUAAUUUUUAAUGAGAGAUAUUUAAAAAAUAUCAGCAGGAUUAAAGUCAAUUUUAAUUAAUGACCCUGUUUCAUGUUUGGGUAUUUAUUUUUGACUCUUCUUUCUUUCAUUCAAGCAGAGUGUAGCCCCACCAAAGUAGUACAGUUCUUUCAAUUCUUGUCUUAUGAAACGAACAGAACUCCAUGCUUCAAGUAAACAUAUUAUAUUAUAUUAGUGUAUAUGUGCAAUGUUAUGAGCUUAUGGAUCAAGUUCAUAACACUGAUACUGGUUUACAUAGCUCUGUAAAUAUAUAACAGUAUCGAAUGGCAAACAGACUGGUUGUAAAAUGAGAGAAUUAGAAUACAUACAUAGUAUUAAGAUGUUCAUAAAUGAAUUAUACAUAAGAUUUAGAUAAGUGGCGUACAUAUUAAUGUGUGUGUGUGUGUGCUGCAUAUAAUAUUUGUGCGUUAGAUGUCAUCGUGUACAAGCAGCAGCGUAACUGUUUGCAUAGUUACGUGUCGUGCUUAGUUUUUCUUUUUUAUUUGAAAUCCUUCUUUGGAUACUAAAUAAGAAGAAAAGCAUUUCUAAGGUGCUUAAAAAUCUUAGUAAUCAGUUUUCUUGUAAAUACUUUAGAACUUGUCAUCUAGUUUUAGUAAAGGAAAUACAGAAAAUUUUUGUAUGUAUUCUUUUUAAAUGUUUUAUGUGAAAGAGUGAAUCCUGAGCUUGUGAUGCGUGUCAAUUGAAGCAGCUAGUUCCUACAGUGAUUAAAAUGGAGUAAAAUGCAUUCCAGCAAUAGCUAAAAAUAUUCUUUUUAAACAAUGAUAGGCAUUCACAUGGGAUACCACAGGUGUUCAGUUCUGCCCAGCUCUCAGCUUUAAUGCUGAUUGUAGCUUUGUUUUGCAACUUGUGUGCAGCUAGAGAAAAAAAGCUUUCCCUUAAAAUAAAAAUUGGAAAAAUCUCUAAUCUUUGCUUAGUGUUUUACAGGAUAAACAGUCUACAAAAAAUCAGAAAGAAAAUACAUCACAGUAUGCAGUAAUGGAUUAUAUGUGCAAAUAAAAGUUUAUCAUUCAGAAAGCAUAUGUAUCCUGCUAUUAUUUGCUGAAAAGUCAAGAUAUUGUCACUCUCGUCAGGGUUUCAGGUUUGAUAUUGGAUUUAUUUGCCAUUUUAACAUACGGCUCAUAAUUACACUUAGUUAUAGUGCCAUCACUAAUUUUGAGACUUCACAAAUCACUAGAGCACACACUGUCUUUUCCAACCCGCAGUGUCUUCACUAGCAGUUGCCUGGUAACGGCUCCAGCAAUGGCUAUUCCUCUGCUUCUGUGCUCAGGUUCUCUCUGAAUUGUGGCUCCCAUCCAACUGUCUAUUCUUCAGAGUUACUUUACGACUGACGGUUUACUACCAAUCAGUUCAUCUUGGCACCAGGCCCCUUGAGGCCCAC